GUAUAUGGUAGAUGCUGCAGACCAGGAUAAAGUGGAAGCCUCAAGAAAUGAGCUUCAUAAUUUGCUGGACAAGCCUCAGCUCCAGGGUAUUCCUGUCCUAGUUCUGGGCAACAAGAGGGACCUGCCAGGUGCUCUGGAUGAGAAACAAUUGAUAGAAAGAAUGAAUUUGUCAGCCAUCCAAGAUAGGGAAAUUUGUUGUUACUCAAUCUCAUGUAAAGAAAAGGAAAAUAUAGAUAUCACAUUACAGUGGUUGAUACAGCAUUCCAAGAGUGGGCGUUAACUGCUCUAACAAUUCCAUAAUUGACUGUUGCUGUUGAACUAUCCCAGCGAGGAUGACGUAUGUGACAUUGAGAGUAGCCAGAGAACAAAUGACUUUCUAUGUCCUGAAUGAUGAUAUUGUACAAAUUAUAGUAUUAUUUUAUGGAUAAGUCAAGUUGUGAUUUCUAUCCUUGGCUGAGAUUGGGCAAGUUCUGUCAACAAUUACCAUUCUAUUUGGUCUUGUAAUGAAGACCUCUUUCUGUGUAUAUUUGUGUAUCAUAACACAUGUGCUAUGAUAUUUAAUGUUGGCCUAUAAAUGUAAAAACCUAGUGAGACAUGUCUUAUAAAUCUGCACUCAAAUUUUGGAAAGACUUUUGAAAGUGACCACUGUAAAGGAAGGAAAAACAUCAGAAAAAAGAUGGACUAGUGACCACUAGAUAAAAAACAGUGCAGAAUUAACUGUCCAUGUGGCAAAUAUAUUGCAAAGUUCUGAAGAACAAUUUAAAUUGCCGCAUAUACAAAAGUAAAUAUCACAAGCAUGUCACUUGUUUUCCUUUUAUAUAAUAGAAAAGUAUAAAUCCUAAGAAUACUUAUAGCUGUGCUGUUUUUGUACUUUUUGUUUAAGCUUCAUUAUUCAUUGAAAAUGAUAUACUAGUAAAAUGAUGGUCAACGAUUUCCAUUUGAUUGUUGUAUGUGUAUCUUGGUAAUUCUAAUAUAUAGAUACAGCUCAAGUUGAAGAUAUGAACCCAGUUUUAGAUAUAUAAUUAAUAUUAAGGGCACUUUGGCAAUUUGUGAAAGGGGAAUGACAAACCACUGAGCACUUUCAAAUUGGCAAUGUUCUGUACAAGUAAAUGUUGAGAUAUAGGUGACAACAUUUUACUGUUAAUUGGCAUGAUUUGUUUAAAUUGGACAAAAAUCCUAAAUGCCAAUUUAUACAACCUGAAGAGCUCAUCUUGCAUCAACUUGAAAUUUUGGACAAUUCCUGUAGCUGCUUAUUUGAGUUAAUGUGUGACAGUGUCAAAUUUCUGCUACAACUCUUACUGUUAAUUUUCAUGAUUUUUUAAAAAAUUGGACAAAAGUCCCUGAUGCCAAUUAAUAAAGCCUGAAGAGCUCAUCUUGAUUUCACUUGCAUUAACUUAAAAUUUUGGACAAUUACUGUGUCCACCUCUUAUCUAUAAGAGAUCGUUCGGAUCAAAUUGUUCUGCAGACUUACUUAAAAUGGCUGACUCACUUUAAAGCAGUGCCAACCAAUUCCUUGAUGGCCUCCCUAACUCCACAUGCACUGAUGUGACGGGCUUUGUAAUUAAACAUCAGAGCCCAGAUUUAAUCUGCUUAAUGGGGCAUGCAGAGGUGGGGAGACCAUCAUGGGAUUAAGUAGAACUGUUCUUAAGAGUUAGGGUUAGGGCAUGCAGAGGUGGGGAGACCAUCAUGGGAUUAAGUAGAACUGUUCUUAAGAGUUAGGGUUAGGGCAUGCAGAGGUGGGGAGACCAUCAUGGGAUUAAGUAGAACUGCUCUUAAGAGUUAAGGUUAGGGCAUGCAGAGGUGGGGAGACCAUCAUGGGAUUAAGCAGAGCUGCUUUUAAAAGUUGGCCAUAUUUAGUCAGGGGAUCAGUUAAUCUGUGGAUCAUGUUCUGAAUACACUCUAAAUGUCAGUCUCAAAUUUUGGCUGCAACUCUUGCCAUUUAUAAAUUUUAAAAUAAGAAUAAUGCAAAUGAAGGCUUUCUGUAUUUUAAUUUUAUUUAUCCAUUAUUGUUUGGGUCAGGAAGGCAUGUAGGUCUUCCCCAGAUGUUGACUUAAUGAACGGUCAGGUAACUGCUACACGUAUAAUUGUAAACUUUGAUUAAUUUAAAGUUUGAUCUGUUAGCACUUCCUCUCUGUAUACCGUUGAAGCGUGGCACUGCACGUUUUGUUUGGUCAGAACAAGAGAAUGAAAGAAAUUUAGCGGAGAACCUCUGUUGAAAUGUUAGCAGGAAGGUGAGAUGAAAACGGUAAUGGUGUGUAAUAAAGUAUUAUUGCUGUU